GUGAGGACUAUAUUGGAUAUUGGAUGUGGUUACGGUAGCUUUGGAGCACAUCUACUCUCAAAACAGCUCUUAACAAUGUGCAUAGCAAACUACGAAGCCUCUGGCAGCCAAGUUCAGCUAACACUAGAGAGGGGUCUACCUGCUAUGAUCGCUUCUUUUGUAUCAAAGCAGUUGCCGUAUCCUUCUCUUUCCUUUGAUAUGUUGCAUUGCUCAAGCUGUGGCAUUGACUGGGACCACAAAGAGGGGCUUCUCCUUGUGGAAAUCGAUAGAGUUCUGAAGCCAGGAGGUUACUUUGUCUGGACAUCUCCUCUCACUAACGCUCGUAGCAAAGAUGAUCUUAAGAGAUGGAACUUCGUUCGUGGUUUUGCUGAAAGCAUCUGUUGGACUCUUUUGUCUCAGCAAGACAAGACUGUUGUCUGGAAGAAGACAACCAAAACCAAAUGUUACAGUUCCAGGAAGCCUGGGGUGGGCCCUUCUGUGUGUAGCAAAGGGCACGAAGCUGAGUCUCCUUAUUACAAACCGCUUCAGAUGUGUCUUGGUGGAACAAGGAGCAAGAGGUGGAUCCCCAUUGAAAGCAGAACAAGAUGGCCUAGCCGGUCUAACAUGAACAGGACUGAGCUUUCACUAUAUGGUCUACACCAGGAGGAGGUUGGAGAAGAUGCAGAGAACUGGAAAGUAACAGUGAGAGAGUACUGGUCUCUCUUGUCUCCUCUGAUAUUCUCUGAUCAUCCCAAGAGACCAGGCGAUGAAGAUCCAUCACCUCCUUACAACAUGGUCAGAAACGUUUUGGACAUGAAUGCUCAGUUCGGUGGUCUCAACUCCGCCUUGCUGGAAGCGAAGAAAACAGUCUGGGUCAUGAAUGUUGUCCCUACGGCUGCUGGACCUAACCACCUCCCUAUGAUCCUUGACCGUGGCUUCGUCGGUGUUUUACACGACUGGUGUGAGGCGUUCCCUAGUUAUCCAAGAACAUAUGACCUUGUCCACGCAGACAAUCUUUUGUCUCUCCAGACAAGUCAGCACCGGAGCUCAUGCUCGCUUCUGAACAUAUUCACAGAGAUUGAUAGAUUACUUCGUCCAGAGGGAUGGGUGAUAAUACGUGACACGGCACAGCUGGUGGAAACUGCUAGAGCUUUGACAACGCAGUUGAAGUGGGAAGCUAGAGUCAUAGAGGUUGAAAGCAGCAGUGAACAUAGACUACUCAUCUGCCAAAAACCUUUCACCAAGAGACUAUCAAUCUAAAAAAACAAGAACAAGGGACAGACAUAAUUAGUAGACAACAGGUUUUCUCCACUUUUUUUUUCUUAAUCACUUUUGUUUAAGAGCCUCCACUGAACUUGUGUUGACUAUACGGGGAAGAAGAAGAAGAAGAAAGGAGAAAGAAGCCAGGGGACGUAAGACCACCGGUGAAAAGGUUUCAUGAGUUCCCCAUUUUACAGAAUCUUAGAUUUUUUUAUUAUAUACAGUGAAAAUAAAUAUGAUCCAAACAUUUGUAAAGAUGUUUUAAGAAAUAAAAUGUAUUUCAUUUUCAAUACCAAA